AUGGUCGAACAAGAAAUGGCCGAGAGUUCUGAUUCAACAGCACUACGAAAGAAGACGUCAUUGAUCGCAUCAUUGGUUAGUUCAUUACAAACAGAUGAGAAAACCGAAGCAAGAAAAAAUGAAGAAGAUAGAAAAGGUCUAUCACGAAAGGAACUUUUUGAUGAGAUGCUCAUGUUUAUGAUUGCUGGUUAUGAAACGACGUCUACCACUCUUGCUUGGUCUAUUUAUCAGUUAAGUAAACAUCCACGAGUUCAACAAAAGAUCAAAACAGAGCUGAUGCAGUAUAAUUGUGGUCAAUAUUUAUCAUCGGAUCAUCUCGACUCAUUCAUUUACUUGGAUUGCUUUAUCAAUGAAGUACUUCGUUAUUCUCCAACGAUUGAUGCAACAAGUCGUACAGUGAUCGUUGACGACAAUCUACCUAAAAGCGGUACUCAACUUUACAAAGGUAAUCAAGUGAUUAUUCCGACAUCUGCUCUUGCUCGAGAUGCUCGUCAUUGGAAAAUCGAUCCUGAAUUGUUCUAUCCAGAAAGAUUUCUUAAUGAAGAUAAGAAUUAUCAUCCAUAUGCACUUCUACCAUUUGGAAGUGGUCAUCGUCAAUGUCUUGGGCAAGAUUUGGCUCGAUUGGAACUCAAAGUAAUCUUAGCUCGCAUGCUGCAACAAGUAACAUUCGGUGAUGGUGGUCCUGAAGUUAAUGCAGGUGGAUAUAUUCAAAAAUUGACUAUCAUGCCCAAACAUAUCGGAGUCACCAUUGAAUUCAACUAA